AUGGAGAGAUAUGAGGAUUUGAAAGACAUAGGGUCUGGGAACUUUGGUGUUGCCAAGCUUGUGAGGGAUAAAUUCACUGGUGAGCUUUAUGCUGUCAAGUAUAUAGAGAGAGGCCAGAAGAUUGAUGAGCAUGUGCAGAGGGAAAUCAUGAACCACAGGUCCUUGAAGCACCCCAAUAUAAUUAGAUUCAAGGAGGUAAUAAUUCAACCAUUUUGGCCCUAUGUAAGUGUUAUUUUUCUCUCCACUUGUAGGAUAUCAUCAGUAAGAGGUCAAUCAAAAGGAAGGUUGUUUCUAUUUUAUUUUAUAAUUUGGUUUGUACCCUAAAAAGAAAGGCUUUGUAAAGUUAUUUUCUGCUGGAUAUGUUAAAAUUCAGGUUCAUUUUCUGAUGUGUUAGUUCUCUGCUUUACUAUAUUCACAAACCUUUUUUCUUUUUUUCCUUUCUUUUUAUUUUUACUGAAAAUAGCAUAGGAGAUAGAGCAAGAGUAUCUAGACUAGAAUUUAGUCCCAGUAUGUUAUAUAAUUGUUGAUGUAAAGUAAAAUUUGCGUUUGGGUUACUCCUAUGAAUCAGAUACCCAUCUGCAACUGAGAUGAAUUGUCCGAUUUCAGCUUGAUUCAUACUAUUUGUUACAUGAAUGGCAAAAGUGAUAGACUAUCAGUCGCUUUAAGAAUUUUCCAACUCUUUAUAAAGCGAUUCUAAAUAUAAACAGGACAAUACUUAAGUGUUCUUCCUCACUAUUAGAAAUGUAAUUUUUUGGUUUAAUUUCACAGGCGGCAAAAACAAGGCCUAAAGAAAGAAGAAAUGAAUUGGUGUGAUAAAUUAUGUACGAGAGUCCUCAAAGUUGUUGAUUUGGUGGAUGAAUCAAUACCAACUCAUAAACUAAAAAUAGAUUGUGUCAACGUAAAAUAAAUUUCAACUUAGUUGACACACUUUCUAAUCCUCUACUAUUAGACAACAGCAAGUUGUGCCGCAUUUGCUCUUGCUUCAUAAAUGACGACUUAGGUGAACGAGUUAUUGCUAUGCAGGUCUUGCUAACACCAACUCAUCUAGCCAUUGUCAUGGAAUAUGCUGC